AACCAAAAUUUUAGCAACCACUAACUGCCUACAUUCUCGCAUUUGUGAACAAAUUUACCAUUUUUCAGCCAAAUGAAAGAGUGAUUUUUAAAUCGCGGUUGAACCGCAGUAUGAGCACGGCUUUCGCCUUGACUUAUUUACUUCGAGUACUGGAAAAAAGAAAACACAAAUUGUCAAAAUGGCUGCGGGUUCAUCAGUUAAAAAAAAUCGCCAAAAAAAUCCCAAAAAUCGCACAAACAAAAUACACCUGGUGUUCGACGAAAAGAAGCGUAGGGAUUUUCUCACCGGUUUCCACAAACGCAAGCUCCAGCGCAAGAAAGAAGCCCGCGAGAAGCUCGAGCGCGACUUGAAGGAGGAGCGGAAGCGUCUCAAGUCAGAGGCGAAGGAGUCUUACAAAAAAUUGGUUGUCUCCCAUCGGCCAAUCCCUGAAUUGGAGACCCUUCUCAAAGAGGAGUAUGAGGACGAUGAUGCCACUGUCAGAAUUGAGGAGUUAUCGACCGACGUGAUCGCCAAAGAGAGUAACUGGAUUGGGGCCAAUCAGCCGAUUUGUGAAGAUGUUGAACAGGAAGAAAGUGAAGUCAGUGAAGUGCCUGGGAUGGAAUUGAAGAAGAAGGACAGUAAAGUGAAUCGGAAGUUUGAUUCAGAACGCGACGUGAAGCGAUUACUCAAAAAGGAGGCCACCAAGAAAGUGCAGAAGAGCAAGGUUUUCCAGAUGAAGACGAAAAUCGAGGGGCAGAAGCAGAGGAAGAAGGCGAGGCGGGAGAACAAGCAGAAGAUGAAAUUGAAAGAGAAGAAGAGGAAACGGCACUGAAUUGUUAUUUUUGUAUUAAAGAAAUAAAGGAUUUUUAUUA